AAUCGGCACGAAAGGCGCUUUGGAAGAAUUGAAGCCAUUGUUUCAUUCUUACCACCAUCUGAAACUAUUGAUCCGAAUAACCAAAUGCAAGAUGCUUUAAAAAUAUCAAGACUUUUAAGGCAUGACGAAUUAGGAAUUUAUUGUAGUAAAGAUAGAAGUCUUCGAGGUCAUAAAGAACUCUGGAUGAUCAAAGAGGAUUAUCAGAUUGUUUCACCUAUUCAUAUCCUAAAACAUGUUUUUAUAUAG